CUUUGCUGACAACGACCACCACCACUGACUGCACCACUAACCAAGCUGAGGACUUUGAGAUCCAGUACGGGACUGAUACAAACCGAAUCCUUUUGUCAACUCAAUGCUUGCCAUCGUCUAGGCUGUCCAGUUUGCCCCGGCGGCUUGCUCUCCCUGAAUGGAAACAUCGACUCGGGUGACUUGCUCUUUGUUGAGCCCCUGCACCGUCCUCUGACCGGCUCGUAACAGCGCCAGCUAAGCCACCACCCGUUUGCCUACGAUGGCAUAUCCGUCUGCACAAUCAUCCCACCUCUCCCAAGCCACUCCUACUCCUAGUAUCAAUCAUUCAUGGUCCGGACUCUCUUCUGCUUCACGAAUCCCGGGCUCUGGCACUAACACGCCCACCGGGUCCACCUAUCUGAUGCCGACAAGUCCGGCCAAGAAUGCCCUCACAGCCAAAGAUGGAAUGAGGCCUAAAAUUUCCAAGACGUCCGGCCAAAAGCCAGCUUGCCUUGUCAAUGCCUCGGUGACAUAUUGCGGCAACGACCAGAUCUAUGCCUUCGGCGGCUUCGACCAAUUCACUGACGAAGUCUACAAUCACGUGCUCAGGCUGAACCUGAAGACGCUAACCUGGACGCUAGUGGACAACUAUGGAGACAUCCCCGGAGUCCGCAUGGGCCAUUCAGCCUCACUGUAUGAAGGGGAUAAACUUUUAGUCUAUGGCGGAGAAAACGAACAUCGCGAGUACUUAUCGGAUGUGGUCAUCCUGAAUCUGAAGGACCAUCACUGGACGCAACCAGACAUCCAAGGACCCAUCCCCAAGGGCCGGGCCAGACACGCCGCCGUGGUAUACGAGGACAAGCUAUUCAUCCUUGGUGGCCUGACCGGCGAAGCCAAUUACAUCCUGGACGAUAUCUGCUACCUAGACCUCAAGACCUGGACGUGGUCGAAAACCUGGAGUUUUGUGCAAAGAUUCGACCACAGCGCCUGGAUAUGGGGAGGUCGACUGUGGGUACUGGGUGGUCUCGGAGCUGAUAUGGAGCGGUCGUCCGAGAUAUGGUGGCUUGAUCUGAAAGGGAGCCCAGCACUUUCAGGAUCAUCUGGAAAACAACACUCCACCAUGGGCCGUGUACCCAUCACGCGACAAGACCAGUGGUCUCAACCUAGCCGCACCGACCGCACAGACACAUACACCGCGAACUCGGGAAGCGUUCACAUUCGAUCUACUCGUAGAGAGAAGCCAACUGCACCGGGAGCGAUAUCGUCGCUGAAGUUCAUCUCCGGGCCUCACGUCCCGUUCCAGUCGUCAGGUAACCAUUUCCACGUGUGCUCCUCCGGAGCUUUGCUCGACUUUGUCACGCCCGCCUCAAACAUCCGGCACAGCGAUUGCAAUUUAUCUUCCCUUGAGCUGGACUCAUUGAGAUGGCAACGAUUGGUGGAAGGCCUCGAAAUUUUCCCGCUCGGGUACAAGUGGCACUACUGCACCAUCAACGAAGACGGGACCAAAGUGUGGCUGCUCGGCUCUCCCACCGACGAGUCCAUCGGUGGCAACCAAGAGCUGCAACUCAGCGAAGUCCUAGCGGUCGAUCUUAAGAGGUACGGCCUGCUAGGCAGCCAAGACACCACCAUGGCCUCGGAACAGAACCGCAUUCUUGCAUCCGAGCGACAAACCGUGCACACCAGUUCGUCGGGUGUGGGUACCGGCCUUGGUGCCGAUCUUGCUUCCAUAUUCGACCAACCUCCAGAAACCAGCAUGAGUGACUUCACCAUCACCGCCAACUUAGAAUCUAGCGAUGACGACGACAUUUCCGAAACAGGGUCUCAACACCAUCCUCGCUUCUCGCUCAACUCGACUAGCAGUCAGAUGUUUGUUUCAGAAUCCGAUGACGCCGCCGCCAACAUCUCCCAGCCCAUCCAUGUGCACAAGAUGAUCCUGCAGGCCCGCUGGCCACACUUCAAACGCCUCUACGCAUCCAAGAUGAUCGAGUUCCAGACCUCACGCAUGCACAUCCCCGAACCCUACCCCGUGGUGCGCGCCUUUCUGUACUAUUUGUACACAGACAGCAUUGCACCUCAUCCUGUUUACUGUCGAGACCUGACCGACGUCGCUGGCAUGCUAGUCAUGGCCAACUUGUACGACAUGCCCAAGCUGCGCCUCUUGUGCGUCAACCGCCUCUCCCGCGAGAUCGACAUUGAACAUGCCGCCGUCAUUUGGGAGCGCGCCGGCCGCACCGAUGAGGACUGGCUGCGCGCACGUGCUGCUCGGUUCUGUCUCAUGAACUGGGGCCGGGUCGUCCGAACCGAGAGUUUCAGAAGCCUCAGUCGCCAGAGUCUGAUGGAACUAUGCGAGGUCGUGGACACUGAGGGUCGUGUCGUGGGAGGCGAAGAACUCGAUGAGGGUCCGGAUGGAUUUGCACCUGGUUGCGGGUACCGUUACCGACGGAGAAGCCAUCGACCCAGCGAAACAGCCGACGAAACAGAGGGUGACGAGGAAGAUGGAAUGGAUAUGAACUGAGCGGGAGGCCGUGGGGGCGAAUCCACAACUCGUCCCGAAUAAACCAUGGAAAAUUGAAAAUUGGGGUCUUUACUGGGUAACGAAACGCGAAAUAAAAUGUUCAGGCGCAAGCACUGGGAAACUAAUGGCUCGUCAAUUCUCAACAACAGCAACACCGGUGUUGGGAGGGAGGUUCUGGUCCUUUGGUUUUGUUGGGGGUUAUUUGGCAUGAUUCGAUUGGGCAUAACUAUACGCAAGGUAUAACAAUCACAGCAUCGCAACGGAAGCAUAGCAGAAUAGUUACGGCCGGCGAGGGGGUUUUUUUGGACUUUUGUAAGGGCCUGUUCGACAAGCGCAACUUGAAGUGCCAUUAAGAAAAGCGCGUUUUAAGCACUUUAACAGGGAUACGCCCCGAUAUUUUUUCACGCUAUUUUACUAGGCGUUUUCCAUAACUCCAUAUAAUUUUGCCACUUUAACGCGUAAAGUGGUGUUAUUUAUUCUACGCUCGG